GGCCCGCGCAGGAGGCGGCGGCGGGGCCGCCAUGAACCGCGGCGGGGCGGGGGCGGCGCCCGCCUUCCCCGGCCCCGUGCAGUUCCCCGGCAGCACCACGGUGCUGGUGGAGCUGACCCCCGACAUCCACAUAUGUGGCAUCUGCAAGCAGCAGUUCAACAACCUGGACGCCUUCGUGGGGCACAAGCAGAGCGGCUGCCAGCUCACCAGUGCCACCGCUGGUGCCACCAGCACUGUCCAGUUCGUGUCCGAGGAGACCGUGCCCAGCACGCAGGCUCAGAGCACCAGCAGGACCAUCGCCUCCGAGACACAAACCAUCACAGUUUCUGCCCCGGAGUUUGUUUUUGAGCAUGGCUACCAAACCUACCUGCCCAGCGAGAGCACGGAGCCUCCAGCUGCUGCUGUCGUCUCUACGCCACCAAAAGCAAGGUCCAAGAAAUCCUCCUCCUCCUCAGUGCCCCUGAAGAAACUCAGCUGCCUGUACCCAGGGUGCCAGUUCAAGACUUCCUACGGGAUGAAGGAUCUGGAACGUCAUCGGCGAACGCACACAGGAGACAAGCCCCACAAGUGCGAGGUGUGCAGCAAGUGCUUCAGCCGCAAGGACAAGCUGAAGAUGCACAUGCGCUCGCACAACGGCGUGAAGCCCUACAAGUGCAAGCACUGCGAGUACGCGGCGGCCGACAGCAGCAGCCUCAACAAGCACCAGCGCAUCCACUCCAACGAGCGCCCCUUCAAGUGCCAGAUCUGCCCCUACGCCAGCCGCAACUCCAGCCAGCUCACCGUGCACCUGCGCUCGCACACAGGAGAUGCCCCUUUCCAGUGCCAGCUGUGCCCCGCCAAGUUCAAGAUCAACUCGGACCUGAAGCGGCACCUGCGGGUGCACUCGGGGGAGAAGCCCUACAAGUGCGAGUUCUGCGAGGUGCGCUGCGCCAUGAAGGGCAACCUGAAAUCCCACGUGCGCAUCAAGCACAGCAUGGAGAACACCCUCAAGUGCCCCGAGUGCGACUUCCAGUGCGGCAACAAGACCAGCCUGCGGCACCACAUCCGCAGCCACCAGCCCGAGCAGCCCGUCAAGUGCUCCGAGUGCAGCUACUCGUGCUCCAGCAAGGCGGCCCUCAAGGUGCACGAGCGCAUCCACGGCAAGGAGAGGCCCUUCAAGUGCGACUUCUGCAGCUUCGACACCAAGCAGCGCAGCAACCUCACCACCCACGUCCGCAAGGCCCACGGCGACAAGGCCAAGGGCAGGAAGCCGGACAAGAAGGAAGGAGAGAGGCCGAAGCAGGGCGGCUCCAGGCAGGUUGCCAAGCUGGACGCCAAGAAGGCCUUCAAGUGCGACCUGUGCGACGCGUCCUUCGUGCGGGAGGACUCCCUGCGCAGCCACAAGAAGCAGCACAGUCUGUACAACGGCUCCAAGAGCAGCGAGCUGGCCGUGCUGCAGCUGCAGAUGGAUGCCAGCCGCCAGCCCGGCGCCCCCAUCGCCGUCAGCCACCUCCAGGUGCCGCUUCAGGCCGCGCAGGUGGCCCCGUACAACGAGGGCAGAGUCAAGAUCAUCGUGGGCCACCAGGUGCCUCAGGCCAACGGCAUCGUGCAGGCGGCCUCUGUGAACGUGGUGCCCCCGGGGCUGCUGGGCGCGGGGCAGGACGAGGUGCUGGGCGGCGGCCGCCUGCAGCUGCUGGGCCAGGUCAGCGUGCUGGCCCCGGCCGCGGGGGACGCGGGGCCGGUGGCGGAGCCGGCCGUGCUGCUGACCGGCCACGAGCAGGGCGAGGGCAGCGCCCUGCACCAGGCCCUGCUCCCCGGGGCUGCCCCCGGGCACGAGCCCCCCGCCGGCCAGGCCUUCAUCGCCAGCUCCGGCAUCAGCUGCUCCGACCUGGAGGGGCUCAACGCCCUCAUCCAGGAGGGGGCCACGGAGGUGACCGUGGUCAGCGAUGGCGGGCAGAGCAUCACCGUGUCCACAGCUGCUCCUCCUCCCCCCAUCUUCUCGUCCUCCUCCCACACCGAGGGCCCCAAGCAGAGCUAUUCCAUCAUCCAGAGCGGGGCUCACACGGCCCUGCUGUGUCCCGCAGACUCCAUCCCUGAUUAGGGGCUGCUCUGGGCACAGGGGCUGCUCUGGACACAGGAGCUGCUCUGGACACAGGGGCUGCUCUGGGCACAGGGG